AUGGAGACUUCGUAUGAAGGCUUAUCGCCGUCGUCGCUGCUCGCGUCAUCGCCUGCGUCUGCUGCAGCGUCAACUUGCAGCGAGCCUGAUCACGUAGCGACUCCCGCCGGUCUGCGUCUCGCUUCUAUCGCUGUUCCGUACGCCUCUGUUGCCUCGAGUGCUUCACCGCGCGUCGAAGCUGCUCUAGAAACCUCUCGCGGCGUGCUCCUUCAGGUCGGCUUUCUUCCUCCUCCGCGCCGUCCGUCGUCGGCGCUGGCGGCCGCCAUCCGCUCGUUGCCACCAUCCUCGUCUGCGUAUCCACUUGCGGACUUUUCACAGGGCUGCGUUGGCUCGCUCGAGCCUCGCAGCCUCUUCUCGCCUCGUCGCUACGCGUCUGCGCCGCUGCGCCUCGCUUCGUCUCCCUCGCUGGCGCGCCCGCAUCCCCACCACGCGGGUCCAUGGAGGCCACGAGCCGCGCGAGCCUCGCCCCGCGGAGACAGCGGGGAGGCAGCCGCGGGCGACAGUGAGGCUGGAGCGCGGUUAUUGGAUGACGAGAGCGACUGGUGCGAUUCGCUAGCCGGGGUUGAGAGCGCCACCCCGGGUCUGGGUCGCUCUCCCUCUCUCUCUUCAGUGGAAAUGCGAGUCGGCGAUGCACAGAGUGAAGCCGCGAGCAGCGGAGACGCAGGCGAACGGCAUGCGCCGUCUCUUGCGAGCGACCAGCCCCUUGUCUUCCCGCGUGGAGCCGCACCGCCUUCCGGCGCGUGGCUGCGGGCACCGGGCGGUCGCGCCGAACGGGCGGCAGGGCGGCGGAAAGGCGAAACUCGAAAAGAGGCCCCCGCCCGCGGCAGGCGUCGCCGCGAGCUCUCACAACGACUGCUUCUCUUUGACGGCAUGCUGAGCGAAUUCAGGCAGGAAGUUGUCCUCGCUGUUCCCGGCUACUACGCGAUAUGCGUCACAAACAAAAACAAAACCUCGUGGGACAGCCUUUAUUUGGGGAUAGCCCGGAUGCGCGUCGUCUGCGAAUACGCGCUUUCGCCGCCCUCACCGGCGUCGACGGCGGCAGCCUGGGCGGCGGUGUCGCCGCCUGCCAGCGCACACACGCAGGCGAGCGCCAGUUGGGAGUCACACGUGCAGCCCGAAGAAGAGAAACUUGCGUUUUGUGGGCGAGGAGGAGGAGACGCAACUCCGAAACGCGAUGGCGCGAGUGAAUACACACUACACGUUCCUGGGGCAGGUGAAGCGGCUGGGCGCGCUCUGGAGGGCGACUGGUCAUCUUGCUCGUUGGCAUCAAAAGCCGAUACAGUGCCGUCUUCGUGUCCGGAGGCGGGACGUGAAAUGUGGAGUAGUGGCAGACGCUGCAGAGCACGUCUGGAGGCGGCGGAGCGAGACAGACAGAGGUCCGAUGCCGUCCUCGUGCGUCACAGUCAGGUGGCGCCACCGACGCAGAUGAUCACUGUCAGCUCUGCAGACACCCCAAGCAACGAGAGCGCGGCAAACCCUUUCAACCCCUUCAGUGAUGCUGAUUCAGCGAGCGAAGACAACGGCGUACCCGAGCCUCGACAACAUACUGCGCAUGAGCACUCUGCCUGUGCAGGAGGCUACACAGCUUCCGCCCCGUCUCCUUCGGCGCCCCUCCUGGAAUACGGGGGUGAGCAGCUGCGCGACGCCUCUUUCUCUCCUUUCUUUGCCGAUCUACAGGCAGAAGACGAAGAGGACUUGGCUGCGCGGCGGCCGGAUGUGGACUCGCCUCGGGCGCGAACUGCCUCAGACGCUGGGCUCGAAGCUCAGAAGAAAGGAAGAACGGAUUCCCAUGCGGUGUCGCUCUCGCGACCAAACGAGGCAGAAGGGCGGCGCGGGCGCUCUGAGACAGGGCGCGAAGCGGAGGAGCGACGCGAAGAAAAGCCAGAAGACGGCGAGAUCGAGCGCGAGCCGGAUCCAGAGGGGACUUCGUGCGGAUCCGGUAGGGAAAAAGCAGAGGUCGGCCGUCAGCAAGUCGUCGGCGAAGAGGGCGAUCGGAUCUGCGCUUCGCACCAGGACGACGGGGACGCCCGCGAAACGAAUGGACAGCACGACGAAAGCGGAUGCGCAGGAGAGGUGGAACAGCAAGGCAUCGAAUCACCUGCAGAGCGGGAUGCGGCCGCCAAUCACGCAGAAGAGGAGGAUCGAGCGCGAGCGGCAAUCGAGCUCGCUGGGCAACGUUCGAAUCGGGGGGAAGCCUCAGGCGCCGAGACGCUCCCGAGCAAGUCUGGUUGGCUGCGCGAAGAGCCGAGAGGAAGCCUCUCCAGCCGAGAGCGGGAUGCAGAGGAGCCGCUGCACGAAGCAGGCGUGAGGUUUGCGUCCGCGGCACAGCACGGCACAGCGAACCCGGGAUCUGAAUCUGGCGCGCUCGUCUCGCCUCUCUCCGCGUCGCUCUCGCCUUGUCUCGACGCACGAAAGAGUCAGGUCGCCGUUGUGCGUGAGUAUGCGUACGGCGCGGAGGAAGGCGUCUAUCGGAGCUUCGCGCACGGCCGGACGUCCCUGCCUCUUGGGGCGUGUCAGCAGCAGCUGAUUCUGCAGGAGAAGGGUCGCGUGUUUGUCCCUCUGCAGAAUGUGCGAUUCGCCUUUGUGUGCGCCCAGGGCGUGGGAUGCCGCCUGAGGCUCGACGUCCACACGGCGAUGGCGCUCGGCAUGCGCUUGAAGGCCGCGGUCGCCAUCGUCUUCUGUGGAACACCCACGAAGAUCCCUCGCAACCCUAACGUGCCUUUCGAACUUGGAAGAUGCAUGAUGCUCACAUUCGACGGCGGCGGCGUGCUCACUUACGCCACGCUCCUGAUUCUCCGUCGCCUUGAGAGGGAGCUGCGCUUCCACCUGAAGGACGCGUCGAUUCAGAUCGCCUCUUGCUUCGAUGUGCUGGCAGGGAGCGGAUUCGGAGGGCUGCUGGCGCUGGGGUUCCUGCGCGGCGUGACGGUCUCAGAAAUGCUGCGAACGUGGAGUGGAGAGGGAGACGAGGGCGGGGGCGAGCGCGGAGAUUUUCUGCAGACUUUGAUGCGCGAAGGCCACAUGCGCAGCCGCGUGCAGCAGCUCCUGGUGGAGCGCUUGGGGGGAGAUUUCCUCAACACGUUUUCAUCGAGACCUUAUUGCUUGGUCACGGCGGCGGACGUGCUGAAGCAGCCGCACGAAGUGUUCAUCCUGCGAAGCUACGAGCACACCCAUCCAGCUUUGGAUGCGCACGCAUAUCGCGGAACGACGCGCGUCCCGCUCUGGGUGGCGGGCUGGGCGACGUGUGCAGAUGGAACGCACAUCAAAACGAUGGCGAAGGGUGACCUUCCCCACCUUGGCUACCACCUUGAACCGGCCGUCCAGCUGGAGCAGAGGACGCCGUCUGCGACCAACCCCACGCUGCUUGCGCUCGAGGAGAUGUCGCGGCUUGCCAGCAAGCCGCUUGCCCGUUUCAUUCAGGAAGACCUUCAGCUUCUCUUGUCUGUGGGAACGGGGCAUGCGGCGACGGAGGACUCUGGCGCAAGGCGCCGAGGCGAAAGACGCCGCGGAGCCGAAAAGACUGCAGACAUUCUGGCCAACGCGCUGGCGAAGAAGCAUCACGUUCACCGAGAGGUUCUGCACUGGCUCGCCGACACCCAAAACAUGUACUACAGGUUGAACCCUCCACAGCUGUCGGAUUGCAGUCUCUAUUGCAUGGACAGUCGGCAGCGCGACUACAUUCGCGCAACGACGGAGAGUUAUUUGACCGACGACAAGUUUUUUCGACGUCAAGGCGAUUUCACGUUUUCUCGCAUAUCGGGUUCUGGCUGA